GUAAAAAAUAAAACGUACAUUUAACAUCUUGAUUUUUAUUAAAAAUAGGGCAGUUGAGAGCUAACUAAUAGAAGUCAGUAAUUUUGUAGAAUUUGAAAAUUUGUGGAGCAUUCAUUCUGAUUGACCGCCUUCUGAACUUGUAGUAGCUUAUUCGGGAAAAAGUGGGGACUAAAGUCGAGAAUGAAGUAUUGGAUCUACUCGGCAAUAGACCCAGACUAACAUAUGCUUCGGUAGUGUGGUGGCCUAAAAGUACACAAAUAUCAGCUCAGAAAAAACUGUCCAGCGCACCCUUGAAAUCCUUAGAUGCUCUUUUAUUCUUACCCUUGCAUCACUGUAUAAAACUUAAAGCGGAAAAAGUUGCUCUUAAGCCGAAACGUGCAGAACAUUUUCUGGAAGGAGAUCCCACAGGUCAUUUACAUAUCCUGAAGGAUUUCAAUUGAACACUAUAGUAAGCAUGAAUUGAGACUGGAUGGAAACAAAGACUAAUUUCAGUGUUCCCUUCAAAAUGAUUAAAUUUAAUCGCAGUGAAUGGUGUUAAAGGAGCUUCCUACGUUCCCAGGGAACCCGGAAGAAUGGCCUUUAUUUAUAAGUUCGUUCACCAAUUCCACUAAUGCCUGUGGAUUCACGAAUGCGGAGAACCUGAUGCGAUUGCAUCUAUGUCUACGAGGACCCGCUUUAGACGCUGUACGAAGUAGGCUUUUGAUUCCGGAUUCUGUUCCGCAAGUAAUAUCCACACUGCAGACUUUAUAUGGGAGGCCGGAAAUAUUAGUGUAUGCUCUGUUGACGAAGGUUCGCGAAGUUCCAGCACCAAAGCCCGAUAAAAUCGAGACGCUCAUCGGAUUCGGAAUGGCGGUUCAGAAUCUCUACGACCACCUUCAUGUUAGUAAUCAGGAGGCACAUUUGAACAACCCUACGUUGCUUUAUGAAUUGGUGGAAAAGCUGCCGGCCAAUCUUAAGUUGGACUGGGCAAUGGUCAAACGUCAACAACCGGGAGCAGAUCUUCGAACGUUCGCUGCGUACAUGUCCACUAUAGUAUCUGCAGCUACGGAAGUUACUCUGAUAGUGGACCAAAAGCCGAGUCAAUCGAAGCACGAUAGAUCAAAGGAAAAGAAUUUCUGUAACUCACAUUCAGUGGAAGCUCACAGUCAACCCAAGCCCAUGGGAAGUAGUCCUAUGGGGAAGCAGUGCCUCGUGUGUCAAGAUCCCUCGCACAAAGUAAAGGAUUGUACUACAUUUCAGAAGAUGGAUGUCGACAAUCGAUGGAAAUUGGUACAGAAGUUAUCGCUGUGUCGCAAGUGUUUAUUUUCGCACGGCAAGCGCCCAUGCAAAUCUAAGGGACGUUGCGACGUAGAAGGUUGUGAGUACAGGCAUCAUCCGUUGUUGCAUUCCACCGCGAAGAAGAACAGUCCAACAACGUCCAGCAACACUGCAGUGCAGAACCAUCAUCACUCCGGGCGAGGAUCACUGUUUCGCAUCAUUCCCGUGACGCUGUACGGGCGAGAACGAUCGAUUACGACGUUCGCUUUUCUAGACGAUGGAUCGUCUAUAACUCUGGUCGAAGAUUCGUUAGUUGAAUACCUAGGUAUCGAAGGCAAAGUCGAUAAUCUGUGUCUAACUUGGACGGCUAAUGUUACUCGCUCAGAGGAGCUGUCUAAACGGUUGGACAUAUCGGGUGUCGCACAGCAGAAGAAAUUCACUAUUGCUGAAGCACGAACGGUAAGGAACUUGGGAUUACCCAAGCAGACCAUGUGCUACGAGGAAUUCGUGGAACUUUAUCCACACCUCGCUGGGAUACCGAUCCAAGACUAUGAGGAUGCUGUUCCAAGAAUUUUAAUUGGAAAUGAUAAUGCACAUUUGAGUGUUACCUUGAAGAUGCGUGAGAGGAAAAUGGAUGAGCCCAUCGCCACCAAAACGCGACUGGGAUGGUCAAUCCAUGGUCCAACGGCGACGGUGGAAAAGAAACGGUGCUUCAGUAUGCACAUGUGUCAGUGUGCCAGUAAUGACGAAAGCUUGCACGAAUUAGUGAAGCAGUAUUUUUCGCUGGAUAAUAUGGGGGUGUCUUUGAAACGAAACGUAGAGUCCGACGAAGAUCAGCGAGCGAGGCGAAUUUUGCAAAACACUACACAACGUGUUGGCUUUCGUUUUGAAAUCGGCUUGCUGUGGAAGUACGAUAACUUCGAAUUUCCCGACAGCUAUUUCAUGGCUGUUCGAAGACUGGAAUGUCUGGAGCGAAGGAUGAAAGCGAAUCCCGAACUCUGUGUUGGUGUGAAUAAACAAAUAGAAGAAUAUAAAAGAAAAGGAUACAUCGUGAAGGCAACUGAAGAAGACCUGAUUACUGCGGAUCCUCGAAAAGUUAUGUAUUUGCCAUUAGGUGUGGUCAUCAACCUCAAAAAGCCAGGCAAAAUCCGCAUUUUCUGUGAUGCGGCCGCGAAAGUGGACGGAGUGAGUCUAAAUACGAUGCUAAUUAAAGGACCUGACUUACUAGUACCCUUGAAGUCGGUUCUGACCGGUUUCCGUGAACGGAGAGUAGCGGUUUGCGCGGAUGUGAAGGAAAUGUUUCACCAAAUGGUAAUGAGACGGGCAGACAGACAAGCACAACGAAUCUUGUUGAGGCAGAAUCCGAACCAGGAACCACAGGUUUACUUCAUGAAUGUGGCCACCUUUGGUUCUGCAAGUUCACCGUGUUCUGCACAAUUUGUUAAGAACCUUAACGCUAGCGAAUAUGCGGACAAAUACCCGGACGCGUCGGAUGCCAUAAUACGGAAGCAUUAUGUUGACGAUUAUUUGGACAGCAUGGACAGCGAAGAGGAAGCGAUUAGAAGGGCGAAAGAGGUAACAUUCGUCCAUUCGAGAGGCGGGUUUAUAAUUCGUGGGUGGAUGUCAAACUCAGAGAAGGUGUUACAAAAGCUGGGUGAGUCCACGAGCGCUGAAGUUAAGGAGUUAUCCAAGGAGAUCGGAAACUUCUCAGAACGAGUGUUAGGAGUAUUAUGGAUGCCACGAGUUGAUGCCUUCACGUACUCUGCCAACUUCGUUACAGUGCCUGAGUGGCCUACCAAAAGGGAGCUGCUCAAGACGGUGAUGAGUCUAUAUGACCCUCUAGGAUUUCUAUCGCACUUUACCGUUCACGGAAAAAUCCUCCUACAGGAUGUUUGGCGCAGUGAUGUCGCAUGGGACGAUAAAAUCCCAUCUGAGCUCAAGCAGCGAUGGGACCAAUGGGUUGCUCUUUUCCCCUCUUUGGAAAAGGUGCGCGUGCCGCGUUGUUAUUUUCCGGGGCAGUCGUCAACGAAAUUAAAAAAUAUACAAUUGCAUAUGUUCGUGGAUGCCAGUAUGGCCGCAUUUGCUUGUGUUGCUUAUCUGCGCACUGAAGUAGCUGGACAAAUACAAUGUGCUUUGGUAACCGGGAAGGCGAAGGUAGCUCCACUCAAGUUAAUGUCUGUGCCCCGAUUGGAGCUCCAAGCUGCGGUGCUAGGGGCGCGACUGGUCGAGAGCAUCUGCUCCACUCACACUCUGCCUAUCACGAAGAGAUUCAUUUGGACCGACUCGAAGACAGUGUUGGGAUGGAUUAACUCCGAUCAACGAAGAUAUCGCCAAUUCGUGGCUUUCCGCAUUGGGGAGAUCCUUGAGAAAACAAAAGCCAACGAAUGGCAUUGGGUUCCCUCGGAUUCGAAUGCCUCUGAUGAUGCGACCAAGUGGAAAAGGGGACCGAAUUUGUGCCCGGAAGGUCGCUGGUUCGGAGGACCUGAUUUUUUACAUUUGAGUGAGGAGUAUUGGCCAUCAAUCCCAGAAGAGAAAUAUGACACAACUGAGGAACAGCAGUCCAGUAUGGUAAUGCAUCAUUAUAUCAUCGAUUCGGUGUUUGACUGGGAGCGGUUUUCAAAUUGGAACCGUUUGUCUAGAACCGUUGGGUUCGUGGUUCGAUAUCUCGGAAAUUUGAGGGCAAUAGCACGGCGACUUCCUACAACGAAGGGCCCGCUGAGUCAAGAAGAGUUGGCAAAAGCGGAGGCGUGGAUAUUUCAUUCAACCCAAAAAGAGAUCUUCGCAAAGGAAGUGACCAUGUUGUCUACAGUUGAUACUACAGGAAAAAGUGUGAGACUAAAUAGUGACAGCAAGCUCUUCAAACUUUCUCCGUUUCUUGAUAACAACGGCGUUUUGCGUGUGGAAACCAGGAUAAGUUUAGCAGCAUUUGCAUCAUAUGACACAAGAAAUCCUAUCAUUCUUCCUCGGUAUCAUCGUGUAACCAAGUUGAUCAUCUUGUGGUAUCAUCAGAAGCUUCUACACGGUAAUAUGGAAACCGUAAUUAAUGAGUUACGACAGCGAUUCCAUGUAUCCAACCUACGCACCGUCGUUCGAGGCGCAGUGAAGGAAUGUCUGCAUUGUAGAGUGUCCAAGGCAGUUCCUUCGGUACCCAGAAUGAGUUCUCUACCAGCGGCCAGGCUAGGGGCAUUUUUUCGACCGUUUACAUUUGUCGGUCUGGACUACUUUGGCCCAAUGACGGUCCGCGUAGGACGUAGCAAUGUGAAACGUUGGGUAGCGUUAUUUACGUGUCUUUUGAUCCGUGCUGUGCAUCUAGAAGUCGUGCAUUCAUUGUCGACAGAAUCAUGUAAGAUGGCUGUUCGGCGGUUUGUGGCACGGCGUGGAUCUCCGUCAGAAAUUUACAGCGAUAACGCGACAAACUUUCUAGGUGCCAGCAACGAACUUCGGAACGAGAUCAGGUCCAUCAACGGGAACAUAGCUGAAACUUUCACGAAUUCCAACACAAAGUGGUUAUUCAUUCCCCCGGCCUCCCCACACAUGGGAGGCGCUUGGAAGAGAAUGGUGCGAAGCGUAAAAGUUGCAUUUUACGCUAUCUCCACUACUAAGCUUCCCACGGAGGAGGUGUUUGGUACUGUUUUAGUGGAGGCCGAGAGCAUAGUCAACUCCAGACCUUUGACCUUUGUACCUUUGGAUGAAGAAAAUCAAGAAGCACUAACACCUAACCAUUUUUUGCUUAUGAACUCAAAUGGAGUUGUGCAGCCUUCGAAAACGAUAGACGAUCCGGAUGCUGUAUGCCGUAGUGAUUGGGACUACUGUCGACGCAUGGUGGAUUUAUUUUGGCGACGAUGGAUACGCGAAUAUUUGCCCAUAAUAUCCCGAAGGACUAAAUGGUUUGGGGAGGUAAAACCGGUAAAGCAAGAAGAUUUAGUAAUCAUCAUUGACGAUAGAAAGCGGAAUGGAUGGAUGCGCGGACGAGUGCUGCAAGUACAGAUGGACCAAGAUGGACGUGUACGCCAAGCGUGGGUACAAACAUCGACCGGAGUGUUGCGAAGACCGGUAGCGAAACUCGCGGUACUAGAUCUUGGUUCUGGUAAAACUGGUCCUGGGAACGCUGACCAGUGUUACGUCCCGGGGAAUGUUGCGACGGUUACGAGCACAUACGUUAGACCCCUCGUUGCCCCCAACGAUACCGUUGCUGGCGAGAUAGAUAGGAUCUGAUCGGCCAUCAUUCAUAAACCAAAUUGAACACAAGGUACACCAGUUUCCAGUUUCUAUUAUAUUUAUGCGCAAUUGUUGAAGUUUAUAGUUUCGUAACAAUUUCUUGAAGUCGUAAGUGGCACUGAAUUUAAAAAUGAAUUCGAUUACAUUAUGCCUUACUGAAUUGAUAGGUUCUAGGAACAUCUACGAUUACACAUUUGUUGGAUAGGAGAAAAAUUGGAGGUUAAACUAGAUGUAAGUAAUUGUGAUUAAUGAUAGUUAAAUAUCGGCUGAAUAAAUGCUUUCAGCUUUUAGCAUUUUCCAUCUCGAACAAAGGUGGAUUCGCUCAGGAGAAAUCCGAAAUUUACUCUUCCAACAGAAUGGGAAGAAGUUGAUCUUAAAACUCGUCCAGGAUCACCCGUGUUUUAUACCAAUGGGUCUAAAAUUGGCAAAUCUACAGGAGCUGGAAUUAUUGGACCUGGAAUCAACAUGUCAAUUCCAAUGGGACAGUGACAUACAGUUUUUCAAGCAGAAAUACAUGCUAUUCUAACAUGCACAAAUAUUUGUUUGUAUAGAGCAGCGAUACUCACUGGGGCGAACCAUCAAUCAAUUUUCAUUGGUUUUAGAGAAUCAAGCAUUCCUGUAGGGGGAUGAAGCCACCACAGCAUGUUAGAAUAUUGUAGUAUUGAAAAUACACGACAUUGCUUUUUCAGAGUUCCCAAGUUUUGCGAAAAAAAAUGAGACACGAACAAUAGAUUCUUUCAUUGGUGCACGGACCAUAUCUCUGGAGGAAUGUUCCUAGCAGCGAAAACAAUCUUCAUUGAAAUGAAAUAUUUUAUGGCAUAUUUGGUUGUCUGGGAAGUUUGUGAUGCCAUUGAUGAUAAUUAAAUCGAAAUGCUGAUCAAGAAUAAUCCUCAGUACACGACGCAUAAAAUAGCAGAUUCAUAAUUAAUAUUUACAUUUAAGAUACCUGAUGAACAUUGAUUACAUAAAACACUACAAAGUAUGGGUUCCACACUAUUCGACCGAAAAAAAUGGAUGGGUUAUAUCUAUGAUAUAACCGCAAAGUUGACGUGGGACUAGCUUAGCUUAGCAAUCAUUUGUUUGUAUUGAUUAAAUUUUUGAUUGAAUGAAACAAUUUCCGGAUUCAAUCGAAUUCAAUAUAUAUUCUUUGUGAGUAAAGAGAUUGAACAAAUGCCAUGUAAGGUCAAUUCAUGCAUUGUGAUAGAUUAUGUUCUUCGUUACAAAUAAAUUCAAUGACAGUCCUUUUUCGUUUCAUAUGAUGGCUAGGACAAAAUAUGUGAACGGAAGAAUUAUCAAACGAUUAUUUUAUUUUACAUUUCCAUCUCAAGUUUGCAUUUCUCAAGUGUACGUACUUCUCGAACCGCGAAUUCGCUUGAUUUGAUGAACUUCAGGCACUCAUUGCCAGAAAGUCAGUGAGCAGAAGAUAUGAAGGCAUAUCCUUCAAUGCAAUCUUGAAUCCAAAGCGAACCAAAGCGUUGUGUUCGUACCCGUGUUUGUAAUCCGUGUUAGGAAAACACUUUUCGGAGUGCAAAAAAAAACAUGCGGGUGCAAAAGUACCCCCGGCUUGCAUGAAGCAACAACUUCAACUUAUACUUGUUAUAUUAUAAAGCCUUUGAACUUGAAGGUUCAAUCGCCUCUAAUGUUUACAAGAUUUUCCCAGGUUCCUAAGUUCAGAAGACCAUUUUAAGGAAACAUAUUCUAGACUGCACAAAGGCAAGCGAGUUCGAUUGUACUCGCAGUUUGAAUUUAUUUGCAAUGCCAAUUUCCCCACGCUCCAUGGAUUUGAAGUCUGUGUUAGGGAAACACAUUUCAGACGGAACAAAAAUACCCGCGAUUUUCAUGUAUUUGCAAUGUCGAUUUCUCCAACACUGCUUGGUUUUGAAGUCUGUGUUAGGGAACACAUUUUGGUGAGAACAAAAAUCCCCACACUUUCAUGUAUUUGCAUUGCCGAUUUCCACAAGGCUGCUUGGUUAUGAUGGCUGUGUUGGGGAAACCGUAAAUCGGGCCAAUCAAAACGAGGCAGUUAGGGCGUUUAGAUAACGCUUAACAUUUUACAGUUUAUCUAAUGAAAAAUAACAUUUUAUUAAUUGCGAUAGAUGCGUAGAAAUAUUCCCUGUCAAUUGAUGCAAACAUUUUUCCGAUCCAGUAGGAAAUAUUCGAGUUAUAAGCAUUCGGAAUCUUUCAUGUUUUCCCGCAUGUUCUGUGUUUAGGUUUUCAUUUUACUCCCCAUAUACUCCGGUUAGACGUAGUCCCACGUCAAAACAUUUAAUUGAUCACAUCUCCACCAGCGAUGGGCGAUUAAAAGUUUAAUCAUUCACAACAACGUUGAGCGAAAAAAAAAUCUUUGGGACAAGCGAAAUGAACCACCAUUAGUUAUCCUCAAAGCCAAUCUUAACCCGGAGGAAGGGCCAAUGCUAUCGAUAAACGAGGCUUCCGACUUUCGGCGUAAAAAAAAGUGGUUCCAUGGUGGUCUACAGACAUAAGGUUGCAAUUCGGGAGUCAAAAUUUACAACCGCAUCCCCCGCCAUAGGUUGAAAAUCCGAGGAGUGGGGGUUGACUGCAACCUGAGCUUCCAUCACCAUUUCGAGCUGUUCCACUCGGUUUAAUCCUUUUGAAAAUCAUCUUUAAACUACACCGGAGUAAUAACCAAAAAAUCCGUUUACGGGUGGCCAAGGCCAUCAUCAAAAACCACUUCACUCCUAAAAGCUCUAUCUGCGAUUUACUACAAUGCACUGCGAAUUAUUUCUGGCAUGAUACCAUCAACACCAGCUGCCUCGUUAUGCGCUGAAGAAUAGGAACCUCCGUUUAACAUCCUCAUGACGCAACAAUAGUCUCCUGGACUGGGAGCUUCCUCACCUAAAACAGCGGUAGUGAGGAGACGCACCUGACGUCCUCGCAAACGAAAUUUUACCGCAGGUGACACACUUCAUUCACCCACCUAUAGCUAAACAGCUUUGGUUUGGGACCAAUGACUAGAGGAUAACGGUGGUCCGAGUGGAAAAAAUAAUCUAAAACAACUUCCGAGCUGGGGUGAGCUAAGUGGACACGAAGCAAAUCUUUCUCGAACUUGUCUCAGGGGAAUAAAACAAAUACGAGAUUCGAUACAUGGACGGAUCCAUUGGGAUGCAAGGAGUUGGUUUCAUGGUAAGCGUUAACAAUUACUCUCCAAACUUUAAACUCGCCGACUUCCGCCAGACAUUCUCGGCCGUAGCUGCCGUAACUUUUGCAGGCUGCCACUAUCAACCAACCAAAUCAAUCCUGAUAAUUACCGACUAGGCCAGCGCCAUCGAUGGGGCCGACGCGGUCGGGCCUAGUCAACCAUGGAUACAAGUUAUCAAGAGGUGUCUACUGCCGGAUUCAGUCCUCAUGUGGGUCCUAGAAUAUAGCGGCAUAGCCUGCAAUGAAAUGGCCGAUCAUUUUGCCGGAAUAGGUCACUUUGGACAGCUUCUGAAGAAUGAAGUUAAACUGGAUGACUUCAAAUUAUGGAUUACGAACAUUUUCAGAAAUUUUUAGGCAGAAAAAUGGUCCGCUGGCUGGCGAUCUGUGCGUAGUCCGCAAGUCGAUCGAACACAUCGUUUGUGUUUGCCUGAAAAAUUUAACGGAAGCAAUAGGGUGGCAAUCGAUGUAUGGGAAAAAAUUCAUCAUCGAAUUUCAAAAACCGACCAUGUACAUUUUGUUUAUUGGCCCAAAAAAAUGAUCUGUGUAAAGUUUCAGCUCGAUCGGACAUGAUUUAGGGGUGCCUCAAAGCGCUCAAAGUUUUUAUUUUUUGAUCCUCGAAAAUCUUCCAAGCGGGAAAGGAAAUUUGAAAAAUCAAUCAAUCAAUCUGUCUUUUCGACUUUUUGGGACUUAGCCUUGAGAGACAAUGAAGGUAUGGAAAAAAUAAUUAUCGAAUUUAAAGAACCGACCAUGCACAUUUGUUUAUUGGUCCAAAAAAAUGACCUGUGCAAAAUUUCAGCUCAAUCGGACAUGAUUUAGGGGUGUCUCAAAGCACUCAAAGUUUUGAACCACAGCACAACUCCUACAGGCUUCUACAGAAAAAGAAGAAUAUUCUGAUUGAUAAUAUGCUUUGUACAAGUACCAUUUAUUUCUCGUGUUAAAAACAGUACACUGAUAAGGAGUUUGAGGUUUUUAAUAUGCAAAUCAAAUUCUAUCUCUUAUUAAUAAGACUAUAAU